AUGGCACUUGCGCAUAAACCAGUUGCAGGUGGCAGCGUUGUGAAUGCAACCACAUUGGCAAAGUCAUACCUACUCAAGGAGCACAUCUCCACAUCACCCGGAGAGAAAUUCAAGAAGUUUGUUCACAGCAGCAAAGCGGUUCCUGCCCUUGCACCCCAAGAUCCCAAUUUCUACAUUCCAGAAUUCCUGUGUUUUACUCAGCACUUCCAGUACACCAAGAUGGGAGGGCUGGUAAUUCUUUCAGAUCUCCAGGGUGCGUCGCAGUCAAAUCUACAUAUAUAUCUUUAUUUCUGA